AUGGCGUGUUUGGCCAUAUGUGAGCAAAAUCAGGUCCCAGACCGCGUCGAGCUGGAAGAGGUAGAGCAGGAGCAGUCUUCUUUCGUCUCGGUUCGGUCCGCUGCUGAACUGCUCGCUGCUCCUGGCGCAGUAGAUGAGGAAGCCGCCGGCCGCUUUCCACAGCUCUCGGAAGCUGGGAUAGUGGAGCCGCUCCUCUGCUUUCGCUCGGAGUUCCUUUUCGCUCGGGCAUUCGUGUUGGCAAGCGUAGCGCCGGAACUUGCUGGUCUCCGAGACUUCGAGCGUAACAUGGACCGCUCCAACAUGCUCUCCUGCUUUCUGGAACUUCAAUGCAAUUAUGUUUUGGGACUCUCGAGCGGAAUGAAGGUGGCUUUGGUAAUGAUGGCCAUGGCAGUGCGUUGUGGGGGAUUGACGAAGGGCGUAGGAGGGGAAAUUGUUCAGUUUCAGGAUAAGUAUGGGUCCUAUCAGAGCUACGAGGUGGCUUUGCAGACGCUGACCCAUUGCUUCCCGUUGCACAGUGAUGCCCAGACCUGGCUGCACUUCAGCGAGAAGGGGAUGCCACUCCGAAUAUUCGAGCAUGCAGGACACGGAUUCGCGGAGUCUCGUGAGGAGACGGACACCACACUAGAGUGGGUGGAGUCAAACUGGUUCCAAGCCACCAGUGGCAUCAUCAUCAUGUGCAAUGCCGUCGUCAUCGGCCUGGAGACGGACCUCGAGAGUUGGAUCUGGUUCUGGGUGGAGCAUGCUUUGCUCGCCUACUUCCUCUUUGAGCUCAUCGUGCGGCUCUUGCGCCAUGGCUGCCAUUUCUUCCGCCAGGAGGAUGAGUGGGGUUGGAACGUCUUCGACCUCUCCAUCGUCACCAGCGGAGUUGCAGAUCAGUGGAUCAUGCCAGUGCUUCACUGGAUGAUGCAGCAUGAUGCAAGCCAGCGAAAACAAGGAAUGGCUUCCGUGUUCAUGGUCUUCCGUAUGGCGCGGCUGCUGCGCAUCGUCAGACUUUUCCGGCUGGUGAAGAUUGUCCGACCGCUGUAUGAGCUGGCCCAGUCCAUCAUGGAAGCGUUGCAAGGUAUGUUCUGGGUCUUGGUCUUCAUGAUUCUGACCCUGUAUUCCGUGGCCAUCCUCUGCACACGGCUCAUUGGGCAUGGAACAGUCAUUGCCAACGACGAUGAUCCGGAGAUGCAGGAGAUCAAGGACAUGUUCAGCUCUGUGAGCACCAGCAUGUUCACCCUCUUCGGUACCGUCAGCAGCUGGAGCUUGAUGAAGUUCGUGCCGCUGUUUGAAGAGAUGCCCAUUCUGCAGCCGCUCUUCGUGGUGUUCUACAUCUACUCCGCCUGGGCGCUCCUGGCCGUGAUGACAGGCGUGGUGAGUGAAAACAUGAUCGCCAUCCGCGAUCAGAUGCAGAAGGAAGACGAGCAGCGGGAGGAGAAGAGGAAGUCCAUGAUCACGAAGGUCCUCAUGGAGCUCUUUCGGGAGGCAGAUGUUGACAACAACGGCAUCGUCUCCCGACAAGAGUUUGAAGGCAUGCUGAAGUCCCCCGAGCUGGUCAAGAAGAUCACGAAGAACACGCGGAUGAAGGUCCAGGACUUGAUCGACCUCUUCGACUGGAUUGACCACGACAAAGGUGGCACCAUCACCAUCGACGAGUUCAUGAAUGGCUUUAGGUGGAUCAAUGAGCCCCUCCGGGCCAAGAGCUUGGUGAAGCUGCAGGAGCGGCUGGCUGGAGACCUCAAAGUGCUGGAGAGCACGGUGUCCAGCAUCAUCCAGAAGCGCGUGGACGAAGUGCAGCGUACCGUGGCGGUGCCGCUGCGGAAGGUGCAUGCGAUUGCGGAGCAGAUGCAGAGCCUGGAUGUCCAGCUGGGCAAGAUACGACCCGUAAUCCACGAGCGCCUCUCCGCGCUCCCGUCUGAAGUGGAGCUCAAAGAGAUGGAAGAACGGCUGAGCAAGCGGCUUAAGCACAUCUUGGACCAGCUCGCCGCCAUCGAGGCAAAAGCGCGUGUGAACACGCGGGAGCCAGAAAUCUCCGAGACCGCGCCUAAGAAGGGCGCGGAGACAGUCAAGAAGAAGCGCUUUUUGCGUUUUGAGACAGGCCUGCACGUAGCUCCUGCCAGUGAUGGCGAUGCCAGAUGCGCCAGUCGUGUCGACACUGCGAUCCUCGACACAGUUGUCAAACUUACCACUGGGACAGCGAUCGUCGAGACAGCUGUACUUACCCCAGCGCGUGUCAGCGUCAACCGGCGCCGAGAACACGUGGGUUAUUUUUGGACAGCGCAGGAGGCGGCUCGUGCCUACGAUGUGCGUCUUCGAGCUUUGUGUGAUGACGGAGUUCGUUUACAGCGAUCGUUGAACUUUCCCACCCCGCUGGAAGCAUCCUUUGAAAGCUUGACAGACGUGCAGCAGGAAUCACGGCGCCGUGCCCUCACAGUCCAUUCCAAACAUGCCAGCAAGGAGGAAGAGUCCUUCGAUCGAUUGCUGCACCGUUUCAGCCUAUCGCCUCAGGCAGACAGCUUUGAGAUCAUCCGGGUUUCAGACGCCUCGAAAGUAGAUGCGCUUUUCCAAAUCCGAGGCUCUCUCACUGGUGGGCUUGCCUUGCAGCUGAAGUCGGCCAGCUUUCGCCAGCAAAGGUGUGGAUAUUCAUUCUCGCGAACUUGUGGGUACGCCGGCAUGCUGCUACUGCUGGUCGCACUUGAUCGCGAUGCCUUGUGGGCUUUGCCAGGAGCAUCAGUGACAAGGAAGAGCUUCUGCAUAAGACUCGGUUCAAGCAGGGAUAUGGAACUUCAGGUCAGAGAUGAUGUCGGCUCUCUGUUGGAGAGCUGCUUUCGAAACAGCAUUAAAUUUCCUCACAUCUCGCUUGAAGACGCUCGCUUGCAGUGCAGCCCCACCAGUCAGGUCGAAGAGCGUGCCCACGUUCUUCUGACGACGUUAUUUCAUUGCGUCGGUUAUCAGCUGGAGAAGUCGUUUGCAGACUUGACAACCGUGGACUCCGUGCUCCUUGGCGAAGGGUGCCGGUGGCGUGUUCAGGAAAAAGCAUCAACUCGUCGAGACUGCCGCAGGUACGCAGCAGGCCUUUGGAAGCAGGGAGGAGCACUUGGCAGACUUGCAUACGCAGAGACUGACUUUGACCUUCUCGUGGUGUCACUCCUGGAUGAGGGCCGGCUUUCCGGGCUUUUUGCUGUCCCAGCAGACGCUCUGACAAGACUGGGGUGGCUGGGGCAUAAGCCUUACUGGCUGCCGUUGCACCCGCCCUGGAGCUUACCGAAGCGGGAGCACACCAGGGUGAAGUAUGCAUGGCAACUGGACCAUUUCGUUGACCUGCGCAAGUGGGAUGCAGAGACUGCGUUGUCUUUCGAAAUGCGCAACGCCCUGCGAGACUUGCUUCGCAGGCUCAUGGCGUGCCCGGGCGCGCAGGGGCAGAUCAUCUUGGAUGGAGUUCGUGUAGUUGCAGGCGAUGCUGAUUGCCACUUGAUCAACUUGCGCCUGGAUGAUCCAGAGCUGCGCCGGAGGGCGCUCAGCGCCUUGCGUGCCGAGGGCCAGUUACUGGGGCGCUUUCGCCGCGAGGACGGCCUUGCGGAGAGCCUCAGCCGCUGCUGGCACAAGGUCGAGGGCGCCCUGGGUGCCAAAUGGCAGCGCCAGGAGGAUCCCACCCGCGGCCUGAAGAAGAAGGGUGCCAGUGGUCUGGGGGAGGGCCUUGGCGGCGCCUUUUCUGUCGCUUCCAUGGACAUGCGAAGCUUCAUUCACGCGGAGUUCAAUCGAAAGGAGGCCAGAAGCCGGCAUUCUUAUGACCUGCGCCGCAGCAAGAUGCAGCAGGAGCCCGACAGGGUGUCAGAGAUGGAAGUCCUGAGCUCCGAUGACGAGGAGAAGCCACUACGAGUUCCGGGGCCGAACUCUGCCGCUCUCUUCACUCUGAAGGCCGUGAAAGAGGACAUCAAGAAGGAAGAGCCCCAGGAGGCUGUGAAGAUGGAAGUCUCUGAAGUCUCUCGUGAGAAGAGCAUGGAGAUCGAGGUGUUCGACCUGGCAGAAGACAGCGACAUGGAAGAUUGUCCAAAGACCCCUCCGGUUCGUGCCCGGUGCUGGGAAGAUGUCGCCAGCGCAGAAAAAGAAGCAGCGCCGAUGAAGAUUGAGAAGGCCGCCCUGGACCUCACACAGGAGCGCCAUCCGAAGGCCGAAGAGCAGCAGUGA